AAACCACAAUUCCCAGGAUGCACUUGGAAUUGCUGUGGCUGCUGAACGGGGGAAGGGAAGCUGAGAUUGGAGGGGGAAACAAUCAGAAACUCAGAUACUUUGGGCCUCCUGCUUUGGAGUUGGGCCAAACAAGAACUUUUCUCAAUGCCCCCCAUUGAGGUUUUUUGUUUUGGCUUCUUUGCUGCAGCCGAGCUUAAACAGUAACCCAGCUUAAGACAAAUUGAAUUUGUUCUGGUCGCCAGAAUCAUGAAGAUUCUUGGACGGGGAGAGCCCAGGCUUGAAAAACAGCAACAUCAUGCAGCUUCUGUUUGCUUGUGGUGGGGCUGAGCUGUGGAGAAGAGGAAGGGUUUCAUGACACUACACUGCGACUCUGAUUUUGAGAGGAUCUUGUUAACUUUCAUACACAAAUUCCUACACAAUCAAGGUGUGUAAAGAUCCCCAACCUUGGUUGCUUAAAAGAAAACAACAAGAUGAUCCGGACACAUGGAUCUCAGUGACGUUUCUGUGAAAUCGGGUUGUUGACAUGAAGAUCUCUGCGCAUGUGAGAAGAAAAUGAGAAAAGCAUAGAGACUUUCGCUCCCUACAGGUGUGCACUACAGAAACCAUGCUGGCCUUUGCCGUGGCUCCCCAGCUCAUAUCCUUUCAUGACUUCAAAAGCCUUUAGAGGCCACUGUCAGGAUCAUCAUCAACAUUCAACAGGAUUACGUGCAAUGGAAGAAAACGCUGAUGUCUCAUCUCACACAGAGGGUCUAAAUGUUUUGCCACGUGAGCAUAAACCAAUGGAGAUCACCAAUGGACAUUCCACCUAUAAGCCUGUCAUUAAUGGAGUGGUGAUAGGUCACAAUGGAAAAGACCACACUAAUGGCAGCGCAUCAUUCAGAUCUCUGCCGAUUUCAGCGCUAAAGCAAAAUGGCCUUCUGCAGAGCCUGGCAGCUGGUGGAAAUAAGGCCAGUCCCACAGAGGAUGCGGAGGAUGCAGAGUUGGAAAAGGCCAAGCAGGAGUGGGAGACUCUAGAUAACAUCCAACCAGCUCUAAGCGAGGACUCAAACCCAACCCCACUCAUCUCCUUCAAUGAAGCUCUGCAGUACUUCCAGACCACAGACCUCGGAGACCUGCUGAAAAACAUCCAGCCAACUAUUCGCAGGACCGGUCUGGCUGCGAUUGCACAUUUCCUGUUUGGUCCACCGCGGCUGCACAGGGAGCUCCUGGAGGAGAGGGAUCUCGUCUUUGCCAUUGCCCAGUGUCCCAUUGAUAACAGCCAAACGGUCCACAUGCGUGUCCUGCAGACCAUCAAUAAAAGGCUGAUUGGAACCAGGCUGGACUGUCCUCGCUACGGUUCGCACUGGGAAAACAUCGGCUUUCAGGGUACAGACCCAGCCACUGAUCUACGUGGAACCGGAUUUCUUGGACUGAUGCACACUCUCUACUUUGUGAUGGACCCAGAAACUCUCCCUUUGGCGAGAGAUAUCUACAAGCUGUCACAGCAUCCUACACAGAACUUCCCAUUCUGUGUGAUGUCAAUCAACAUGACCCACAUUGCUUUGCAAGCUCUGAGAGAGGAGGCCCUGUCCAAGGAGUGCAAUCGUCGUCAACAAGUGGUCGGGGUGCUGAAUGAGUUUUAUGUCGCGGCAUUUCUCCACGUGUACCAGCUGUGGAAGACCCAACAGAAGACAAUAGCUGACUCUGGCUUUGUGCUGAAAGAAGUGGAGCUGUUUGCCAAAAAGAACCCCAAGCAGAUGCUGCGCCGACUAGAGGUCUUCCUGAAAGAGAGGCAGGCAGGUGGAGUCCCACGUGGGACAUCGCCAGACCCUCAGGGCCAACAGCCCUCUCCCAGCUUGGGGGAGAGAGGGGCUAAAGCUGGGGCGGGGCAGGGAAGCAGGGCAGAGGAGUUGCACUUCACAGGAGUGUGUGAUCUCCCGCCGGACAUGGAGGGAGAGGCCAGACUUAUCUGAAUUAGAGUCUGUGUGUGAGAGUGAGUGAGCUGUCCACCCCAUGAAGAGAUAAAUCUAAUAAUCUAUGUGUGAAUGACUUAGUCAAAGCUAAAACCGCUCAGCAGGCGCUGAUCUGAAGUCUGCUAUCUGGAUCUUCUUCCUACAAUGCUGAGGUGCUGCACUUUGAUCAGAUUAAAGGAAUAUUAAUGUUUUGGGUGUACUAUUCCUUUAAGAUUAGUGUUUUUUCAGUUAUGUAUGAUUUAUGAUUAUUUAAUAUAUCCUUUAAACUUGGGACAAAAGAUCUAAAUAAAAUGAGAGUUAAAGUAUAUGUAGGUAUUUUAAUGUAAGAUGUCAUUAAAGCAAAGGAAGUGAAUAAUUGCACUUUUCUCUAGUUGUCGUAGCCAAAAUAACAGCUGCCAAAUUCCUAUUGUUAAACUCGUCUAGACGUCCAAAAUGUACACGCUCAUGUCUCAAGGGUUUCUCAGUGAAUCAAGGAGCUUCUGUUUUUGCAUUAGAAAUGAUGCAACGAGUUUAAGGCCAUCCGCUUCGGUUUGUUCCUGUGCUGAGUGAGAGGAUAGGAAAAACCCAGAGAGGGUUUAGAGUUCUUUCAUCAGGGAUCAGAAAUGGCUUAUUGACCUUGAUUUUUCUUAUUUUUGUAAGAAACUUUAUACAGUAGGAUUUGAAUGCGGCUUGAUUUGAAGGUGGGUAUAUUUUUGGGUUUAAUAUAAAACGGUGACUGGAACGUGAAGGGACGUUUAGUCCAGGUGAUAAGAGAUUAACUAGGAAACCUUAAAUCUUAUUUUUUAAAGAUGACCAUUUUAACCUUUACGAGUAGGACGCUCGUCCAUUUGCUUCUGAUUUCUCUGCUGUGUAUGAAGGCACUUCAGACAGAUGGUUAGGUAAACAUGAUCUCUUAUCAAAACAUGAGUUUUCUCCUUUCAUGAUUUGUUGCAGCUGCUGGAAAGAUGCCUGAUUUAUGUGCGUUAGGCAUGGGCCGGCAUGAGAUCGUCAUACGAUUAGCUUCAGAAAAACACCACAAAUAUAUCAUUUGUAACCAAAAACUUCAAACAAAAAUAAAUGUUAGGCUCCAUAUAUUUUUUUUUUUUGACAAAUAAAAAUCAGUUUAUCUAACUUAAAACAGGACUACCUUAGUAAUACUGUCUAGCAGAGGUGGGUAGUUUCUACUUGUAUGUACUCAGUAAUUUACUGCAGUAAAUAUACCCACAUUUUAAGGUUUAACGGAAGUAAUUUUAUCCUUUUUUUUGUCCUAUUUUUUAGUUUUUUGGCUACUUUACCUAUCACUACUUCACUUCACUAAGAGAAGAAGAAGCUGGUUCCACACAAAAAAAGCACCUAGCACAAAGAGUUAGCCUAAUAUUAAUUAGCAUUCUUGUUUCUACUCAUUGUUUUAAUUACCUUCCGUAAAUGUUUAUUUCCUGAGGUUGUUUUUUUUAAGUUUUGUUAUUAUUAUUUAUUUAUUUUUAUUUUUUUCACAAAACAUAAAAAAAGAAUAAUGUUUCACUAAAAAAGAAAAUGUGAUGGACAACUGCCGAAAAAACCCUCAAGGGGCUUAAUGAGUGGCAGUCUCCAUAAAAACAAAUAUAUUUCACCAUUUCAGACAUCUAUAUGAUAUUGUGUAAAAAACAAAAACAUGAUGUGGAAUUUUUUUUUUUAAUCCUAGAUAUAUAAUUUUGAAACUGUUAUUUAUUCAUAUUUUAUUUUUAGUCUUUUAAUGUACCAGAAGCUGUUCAGAACUUUAUAUAUUUUCAUGUUUUUUGAAUCUAAAUAUAAAUUCUAUGGUUACUCCAUAAUUAAGUAUCCUUUUUACCAAAUACCUUUUUACUCUUACUAGAGUCAUUUCUUAGAUGGAAGUAGUGCUUCUCUUACUCGAGUACAACUUCUGGGUUCUCUACCCACCUCUGCUGUCAAGUGGCGCUCUCUUUCUCUUUUUUUCUGCACCAUCGUUCUGUUUUUGAAUAUAUUUAUUUAUCCUUGAAAAGAAAAUAUGUGCAAGCAGUCCUCC